AUGAGAUGCUCACACUUGAGCCAAGCCCAGAGGAUCGAGCAAGAGAUCCAGCUCAAGCAUUGCGAUGUCUUCCUUUGCAACCAUCUGAUAGCAAUGUAUGGGCGCUGUGGGAGCGCUAGGAACGCGAGGAGGAUAUUCGACUCCAUGGGCGCUCGCGAUUCCUUCUCCUGGGACUUUAUGUUCGUCGCCUACGUCUCAAACGACUGCUACCACGACACCGCCGAAUUCUUCCACCGGAUGCCGCUCCUGAAUCUCAUAUCCGCCACUGCGAUGCUCUGCGCGCACGCACAGCACGGCGAUCUCGACGCCGCGAAGAGGGUGUUUGAUCAGAUGGAGGACCGGAGCUUGAUCUCCUGGAACGCAAUGACGUGCGCUUUUGCCAAGGCGGGGCAUCUGGAGGAAACGGAGGCGCUGUUCUUGGCGAUGCCGAUGCGAAGUUUGAUCUCCUGGACAGCAUUGUUACAAGCGUGCGAAAAAUCUGGCAUCUGCGAGAUGGCGAAGGAGGUUUUCGCUUCCAUGCCCGAGUGGGACUUGAUCUCCUCGACGGCAAUCCUUAGUGCAAUUGCCCAGAGCGGGGAUUUGGAGAUCUCUAAGGCAAGCUCGUUCUUCGCGGCGAUGCCUGCCCGGGAUCUCUUCUCCUGGAGCGCGAUGCUUGUGGCGCUUGCCAUGGCUGGACACACCCGAUCGAUGAAUCGGCUCUUCUCCGCAAUGCCGGACCAAAAGGAUGAAAUCGCGUGGAACACCGCGCUGGCAGCAAAUGCCCAGAGUGGAGAUUCCAAAAGAGUGCUCCAGAUUUUCGAUGGGAUGAAGCUCAUGGCGGAGGUUCUUCCCGACGCUGGAUGCUUCGUGUCUGUUCUCGCGGCGCUGGCCCGGGAGGGCAGAUUCUCGGCGGCGCGGCAUUGCUUCGCGUCCAUGAGCACGGAUUUUGGAAUCGCACCUUGGAGGAGCCACUACUGCUGUGUGAUCGAUGCGCUGUGCCGAGGAGGACGCCCGCGAGAUGCCGCCGAGCUCAUUGCCACUAUGCCCUUUGCUGCUGGGAGCUUGGAAUGGAGGAUCUUCCUCGCUACCACUGGAUCCCAAAGAGAUUUCUUCGUCCAGAGCCUGGUAGUUGCCAAUGCCGCCACUGGAUCACGACGAGAGAACCCUAGAUCUCAACCAUGGAGUGAAUGGGACUCCGGAGAUCGAUUGCUACAAUCGCAGCCAAAAUCGAGCUUCAGGAACCGGAUCCCCAGCUAG